CACUCGCUUAUAUUAUUUUCUUCCCUUAAAUUGACAGCUCCCAAUAUUGAAGAUUCCAAAUAGUACAUCACCUUCCCUUUUAAACCUUUCCUCAAGUAAGCUCAAACUUCACACACCCUUUUGUGAUAUACAUAAAAAGUUUGUUUCUUUACCUUGUUUCAGUCCAAAAAAGUUCAUAUUUUUAAGCUAUUUUUGUUCAAGAAAAUGGUGCAAUACCAUAGAAAUCAGCAGUGGAAGAAAGGGGAAGUUUGUUUGGAUGAAGAGUCACAACCCUUUGGUUUUGUUUGUGAAAAAACUGGUUAUUGUAAAAGAGCAAGACUCAAGCUUUUGUUUCUUGUUCUUCUGUGUUUCAUCUCUUUUAGCUUUAUUUUAGCUCUUCUUUUCUUCACAUCUGCCCCUACUCUUUCUCUUUUAUAUUCAUUUGGUUUUGAAGAUGAAGGGCUUGUUUCUACAUCAGAUGUAUAUGCUUCUGUUUGUUCCUCUGUAUCUAAUGGUUCAAUUUGCUGUGAUAGAAGCAGCAUUCGUUCAGAUAUCUGUGUAAUGAAAGGGGAUGUAAGAACAAAUUCUGCUUCUUCCACAAUUACUCUCUACAGAAACAAUGGCAAUGAUGAGAUAUUCCAACAUGAAAAGAUUAGGCCGUAUACUCGGAAAUGGGAAAAAAGCAUAAUGGACACCAUCGACGAAUUAGACAUUGUUUCAAAGGGAGAGAAUUCUGCUAUUCAUCAGAAGUGUGAUGUGAAACACGAGGUACCGGCUGUGUUCUUUUCUACUGGAGGUUACACAGGAAAUCUUUACCACGAAUUCAAUGAUGGGAUUUUGCCUCUUUACAUAACUUCACAGCAUUUCAACAAGAAAGUUGUAUUUGUCAUCCUUGAGUAUCAUGAUUGGUGGAUUUCAAAGUACGAAAACAUACUUCCUCACCUCACUGAAUAUCCUAUUAUCGAUUUUAGAGGCGAUAAUAGGACUCAUUGCUUCCCUGAAGCCAUAGUUGGUUUAAAAAUCCAUGACGAGCUAACUAUUAAUGCUUCAUUAAUGGGAACCAACAAAACCAUCAGGGAUUUUCGACACAUGCUAGACGAAGCUUAUUUGCCUCGAAUUAGAGGUUUGAUCCAAGAAGAGAUGAUUGAAGAAAAGCGGGAUUUGAAGAAACCUAAAGUGGUCAUAAUAGCUAGAAAUGAUUCAAGAGCGAUACUCAAUGAAGAUUCAUUAGUUAUAAUGGCAGAAAAUAUUGGGUUCGAGGUGGAAAUUUUGAGGCCUCAACGAACAACUGAGCUUGCAAAAAUUUAUCGAUCUCUUAAUUCUAGUGAUGUAAUGAUUGGAGUUCAUGGUGCUGCUAUGACUCAUUUCCUCUUCAUGAGGCCUGAUUCGACUUUCAUCCAAAUCGUUCCACUAGGAACGGAUUGGGCAGCAGAUACUUACUAUGGACAACCAGCAAUUAAAUUAGGUCUCAAAUACAUUGGCUACAAAAUUCUUCCACAAGAAAGCUCUUUGUAUAAUGAGUACGAGAAAGAUGAUCCUGUUCUGAUGGACCCGGAGAGUGUGAACAAUAGAGGAUGGGAAUUCACGAAAAAGAUCUACCUUGAUCGUCAAAAUGUGAGGUUGAACCUUCGGAGAUUCCAUAAGAGAUUGCUUCGUGCCUAUUACUAUUCUAUUGCAAAGAAGAAUGGUCGUCUUCAUCAUCAAAAUCAGUAAUUCGUUUCCUUCUUUGUGGUUACUGGUCGGGAUUAAUAUCAGUAGUUAUAGUUCUUAGAGUUGUACAUCAAUAUUCACAAGAAAAAAAAAAAGUAAAUUUUUUGUAAAGAUCACUUGCAACUGUUUUUGUAAAUCAAGUAGGAAAAACAUAUUCCCUUUGGUA